CACCACUCCACCAUCACCUCCACCAUCACCGCCAUCACCGCCACUCCAUCACCACCACCGCUCCACCAACACCACUCCACCAUCACCUCCACCACCACCGCCAUCACCGCCACUCCACCACCACCACCGCCACUCCGUCGAGGCGACCUCAGCGAUGUCUCCCAAGAAAGCGAAGAAGAAGGCGGAGAGUGGAAGUUCCAACGUCUUCUCGAUGUUCGAGCAAAGUCAAAUCCAAGAGUUCAAAGAGGCGUUCACCAUCAUGGAUCAGAACAGAGACGGGUUCAUCGACAAGGAUGACCUGAGGGGCACAUUCGCUGCUCUGGGGAGGCUGAACGUGAAGGGCGAGGAGCUGGACGAGAUGAUCAAAGAGGCACCGGCCGCUCUGAACUUCACCAUCUUCCUCACCAUGUUCGGGGAGAAACUCAAAGGCACAGACCCUGAGGAAACCAUUCUCAACGCGUUCAAGAUAUUUGACCCCGAGGGCAAGGGCACUGUCCAGCAGGACUACAUCAAGGAUAUGCUGAGGACUCAGGCUGAUCGAUUCACUGAGGAGGAGUGCACGCAAAUGUUCACCGCGUUCCCUCCCGACGUGGCGGGAAACCUCGACUACAAGAACCUGUGUUACGUCAUCACGCACGGAGAGGACAAGGACCAGGAGUGAUGACGUCAUCGCGCGAUCGACGUCCACUACCCGAACGAUGACGUCGGACGCGAACCGCCCGGCCCCCCGCCCCCCCCGACCCCCCGCCGGCCCCGCCCCCCCACCUUGCGUGUGACGCUGUCGACGUCAUCGCGCGAAGAGGCCUUUACCCCCGACUCGUGAAAGGCGUGCCGAUGACGUCACAAGCGUCAGUGUCGACAGCGUUUUCGCGGCGACGUCAUCGCGUACAGGCGUUCCCGACUCAUCGUGAGGGGGGGAAGGUGUCCAACGGUGUGGAGGAGUGUGCGGUGACGUCAUCGCGUCGUCUACAACGUUACGUGGUGACGUCAUCGCGUAGCGUCCGCGACGUUGAACGAUUCUGAUAGCGAAUGACGUCAUAGCGCAGGCAACCAACGGGAGGGUGAGCCGUGAUAUCAUCGCGCACGUUCUCAAAAAACAUUACGUGGUGACGUCAUCGCGUAGCGUCCGCAACGUUGAGCGAUUCUGAGAGCGAAUGACGUCAUCGCACACAACCGCGCAAACGAUAUCGGUGACACCGGGGGGCGUGGCUUGCGACGCGCGUGAGGUCACCGCCUAAGACGUGGACGUCACCGGCGCACUGACGGUGACGUCAUUGUCGGGCGGUGACGGCCUCCUUUGUGACGUCACGGAUUGUGUUUUUUUUUUCUGUUCGCUGUGGGGGGGAAUGGGCAACCUCUAACACGCGGUUUGCAAGCGGAAUCGAACUUUGAUGGAUAGUGGACAAUAAAAACGGACAUUGACACAAAUUA